AUGAAAUUUGGUUGUCUUUCCUUCCGACAGCCCUACGCAGGAUUAGUUUUGAACAAAGUCAAAACGGUGGAGACUCGCUGGCGCCCUUUGCUAGCAGAGUACGAGAACUGCACCGUCGCUGUUCACAUAGCUGUUCAGGACUGGCAAGACGAGACGUGGAGAGCAAUUCUUCUGAAUAGGUUUGGCAUGACGCCAAAACAAGUGCAAGAUUUGUUGGAUAAAGGGGAAAAAUUUGGCAGAGGAGUUAUUGCAGGAUUAAUUGACAUUGGAGAGACGUUGCUAUAUCCAGAAAACUUGCCUCCUGAAAAGAUUCUGGAGCUGGAAGACAAAGCUGUCCUCAAGAAUCUAGAACAGAAAUACUUGACUGUUGUUUCAAAUCCAAGGUGGCUUCUGGAACCUAUUCCUGCCAGAGGGGGAAAAGGUGUGUGGCAGGUAGACAUCCCUGAAGAACUGAUCCCUUCAGAAGUGUAGGUGUUGCCCCAUACUAUUAUUUUUC